AUGUCGUACUUAAAUAAUCCGGCCAUUGUCAUGGACAAUGGUACGGGAUUGACGAAAUUGGGAUUUGCUGGUAAUGAUUCUCCGUCAUGGGUUUUUCCAACUGCCAUAGCCACAGCACAGCGAUCGACGACAAAAAGCAGUGGGAGUGGUGCCAGUGGUAGCUCUGCACAGAGCACGUCAAAUCCAUAUUUUGGAAACUCCACGUCUGCCACGUCUUUCAAUAAUUUGGCGUCCGCAGCACUCAUGUCGAACAAUUUGGCCGGCAAGCGUGGAACCGAGGACUUGGACUUUUACAUCGGAAACGAAGCGCUUACUGCUGCACAGGGGCCAUCCUACUCGCUAAACUACCCCAUUCGCCACGGCCAGGUCGAAAACUGGGAUCAUAUGGAGAGAUUUUGGGAAAACUCGAUCUUCAAAUAUCUAAGAACGGAACCCGAAGAUCAUUUUUUCUUGCUCACUGAGCCACCCCUCAACCCACCGGAGAACAGAGAACAGGUGGCCGAAAUUUUCUUCGAGGGCUUCAACUGUGCCGGGCUUUAUAUCGCUGUACAGGCGGUUCUGGCGUUGGCCGCAUCUUGGACCUCCUCGAAAGUCGUUGACAGAUCACUGACCGGUACGGUUAUAGAUUCGGGUGAUGGUGUCACCCACGUCAUUCCAGUGGCGGAAGGUUACGUGGUUGGCUCGGCCAUCAAAAACAUCCCCAUUGCAGGAAGAGACAUUACACUUUUCAUUCAAUCGCUACUCAGAGAACGUGGUGAAGAAGACACCACAUUGAAAACCGCAGAGCGUAUCAAGCAGGAAUACUGUUACGUUUGCUCGGAUAUCGUCAAAGAGUUCAACAAAUUUGAUAGAGAUGCUCAAAAGUUUGCCCAAUUCAUCGUAGAAAACUCAGAAAAAACGAAGCGCAAAGUAAUAGACGUGGGAUAUGAAAGGUUCUUGGCACCUGAAAUCUUCUUCAAUCCGGAAAUUGCAUCAUCAGAUUUUCUCACUCCACUACCUACCGUUGUUGAUCACACAAUCCAGGCAUGCCCUAUUGAUGUCCGUAAAGGUCUUUACAACAACAUUGUACUCUCAGGGGGGUCCACAAUGUUCAGAGACUUUGGCCGCCGUCUGCAAAGAGAUUUAAAGGGUAUAGUAAACAACAGGAUUGCAUUGAGUGAAAGCCUCAGCGGUACGAAGUCCACAGGUGUCGAUGUACAGGUUAUUUCGCACAGAAGGCAGAGAAAUGCAGUGUGGUUUGGUGGUUCUUUGUUGGCGCAGACAGCCGAGUUUAAGAGCUACUGUCAUACAAAACAAGAUUACGAUGAGAUUGGACCUGAAAUUGUGAGAAAUUUCAGUCUUUUCAACAUGGUGUAG